UGCGUCUCCGCCGCAGGAGAGACCCGGGUUUGGCACCCCUUUCACUGCCAGGGCAGGGCUCCAUGCCAAAGGUGCCUCAAGAAACUACAGAUCCCAGAAUUCCAUAGCAUGAAGCCCUGACAGUUCAAGUUUGUGCCCUAACAAACUACAGAUCCCAGAAUUCCAUGGCACGGAGCCCUGGCAGGUAAAGGGGGGCCAAACCGGAUUACUUCUGCAGUGCGGAUGCUUCCGAAGCCUCGAUUUCAGGCUUUGACAGCUCAGGAGAAGAAAGACUUCUGAUGCAGCCCUGGCCCUUUGGCUGAGCAAAAGACAACCACGAAGGUCAAGAACGUCGCACGUUUAAAAGACCCCUGGCCUGAAGCCUGAAGCCAUCGGUCGAUCUCUGAAGGGGGCCAAGGAACCCUGGCUUUCCACUUAAGCAAGAGAUCCCUCCCGGAGCUCCUGCUUCCCUUCCUCCAGGGAUCCUGCGGAGAGGGCGCUUGAGGGCUUGGCAGCAGGAAAACCCGAUGACUCCAGCCAAAAAGAAAAAAAAGGGGGGGGAGAUCCUAAAUCACUUGGGGACACACCUCAAAUUGUUUGUAGGUUGUGUCUUCAGCCUUUCUGGAAACUUGACAAGCCGCCUUCCUUCAUUCCAAAUGCAGCCGAGGAAGUUGACUGAAGCCUAGGAAAGCUGCUGCUGCCAACUCCUUGCUUCCAGUUAGUCUCAGAGGGGCUCCAAGAUCUCUCCACAGACUGUCUUCCUUCAAGACUGGAGGACUUGUGUGCUCCCCUGUGUAUUUGGCAUUGGAUACUUGGAACUAAGUUGCAGAAUCCAGAGGUAUGGAUCUUCGACUGUUGCUGUUUACAUUGGCACUGGUGUCAGUGACUGAUUCUUUUCCAACAAGCACAGAUGUGGCUCUAUCAGGGACACCAAAGAUUUUUAAAUGCCGAUCCCCUGAAAUGGAAACAUUUUCAUGCUACUGGACUACUGGCAAUUUUCCUAAUUUCACUACUCCAGGAACAAUACACCUGCUGUAUUCAAAAAGGAAAAGUGAAUGGGAAGAAUGUCCUGAUUAUGUAACUGCUGGUGAAAACAGCUGUUACUUCAACACAAGCUACACCUCUGUAUGGGUUCCUUAUUGUAUCAAGCUAGCUGACAAAAACCAGAUAUAUGAUGAAAAAUGUCUCCGUGUGGAGGACAUAGUGAUACCAGACCCUCCUGUUGGACUCAAUUGGACUGUGCUGAACAGCAGCCCACUAGGCAUCUAUACCGAUAUCUUAGUUACCUGGAAGCCUCCACCCUCUGCAGAUGUCAGGAAUGGAUGGAUCACACUCAACUACCUCCUCCAGUACAGAGAAGUAAAUGAGACAAACUGGAAUGAGAAAGAAGCAAAGGAUGCCACAAAAUUUCCAGUGUAUGCUUUGAAGACUUGCCAUGAUUAUGAGAUACGAGUCCAAGCCAAAGUUUCAACGGGAGCUUAUGGGGAGUUCAGUGAAGUGAUCUAUGUGUCUUUUGGUUCGAUGGGCCUGGUGCCAUGUGAAGAAGAAUUCCAAGUUCCUUGGCCUUUGGUGAUGGCUUUUGGAACCCUUGGCCUGAUGGUGAUGCUUUCUCUGGUUCUUUUUUCUAAACAGAAGAAACUGAAGAUACUGAUUCUUCCUCCUGUUCCAGUGCCCAAAAUUAAAGGAAUUGAUCCAGAUCUCUUAAAGAAAGGAAAACUGGAUGAAGUCAAUUCCAUCUUAGCCAGUCAUGGAACCUACAUGCCACAGCUCUAUGGGGAUGACUCUUGGGUGGAAUUUAUUGAGCUGGAUAUAGAUGAGACAGAAGAGAGGACUGAAGGCUCAGAUACUGACAGGCUGCUUGGUGAUGACCACACAAAGACACAUGGCUGCCUUGCAGUGAGAGACGAUGAUUCUGGCCGGGCCAGCUGCUGCGAACCUGAUAUCCCCGAGACUGACUUCAGCGUGAGUGACACAUGUGACGGAACCUCAGACAUCGACCAGUCCAAAAAGACAAGUGACAAAGAAGAGGAUCUCUUGUGCCUUGAUCAAAAAGACAACGAGAAGCCAAUGUCAAGCCUUGAAGCAUCUACUCAGCUGUUGCCUGAUAAUGCAACCAAAGACAAGCAUCCAAAAGGCCAUGUUUCUGUCACUGACAAUACUCAGAUGGCAAGCCCACCUGUUCAAACCCAGCUGAGCAACCAGAGUUCAAUGGCAAACAUUGACUUUUACACGCAGGUGAGCGACAUUACACCAGGAGGAAAUGUCGUUCUCUCCCCAGGGCAAAAAAAGAAGAUGGGGCAAGUCCAAAGUGAGGCUGAGACAGAACCAGUUGCACAGUGCCAACCGAGCAUUGCCAUGGACAGUGCCUAUUUCUGCGAAAUGGAUGUGAAAAAAUGUGCCACUGUGAUGCCUCACAAAGAGGCCGAGCCAGAUGUUCAAGACCAGAGCUUUCCUGAGGGUGCUUACAUUGUCACCGAGAGCCUUACCACUAGUGCUGUGAAACCUGCAACUGCAGCAGAAGACAAAGAAGAACCAGAAAGUUCUGGAAUGCCAGUGGCGGACUAUACAUCAAUCCAUGUAGUACAGUCUCCGCAAGGCCUUGUGCUCAGUGCUACAUCGCUCCCUGUGCCAGACAAGGAAUUUAUGGUGUCAUGUGGUUAUGUGAGCACAGACCAACUUAACAAAAUCUUGCCCUAACCUUCUUUUUGACUAUGUGAAAAUUACUUUCACCCCCUUCAUUUCUCUCUGUCCACACUUCUGUCCAGCUCCAAAGCACAUAUGAGGCUCUCCAAGAACAGGAGCUUCCCAAUUCACUUCAGUAUUACAAAAAGCUUCUUGUGUUUUUAGAAUUUUGCCAACAUUUACAUGAAUGGGGAAGUUCAUGCUCACAUGGAGUUCUGUGUACAUAAUUGAGUACUUGCAUGCUCAUUUGGAGCCUUUCAGUGGAGAUAUAAACAAGAUAAGAGUUGGCUUGAAUGUGCAUAAGCUUAAACCACAACACACAUGUUCAGUAUUUUCAAAAGGUGAUGGUGCAGUCCCUUCUACUUUUAUCUAUAAUGUUGAAUCAAUCACAGUAUUGUUGUAUCUUGUAAAUAUUGUCUUACAAAAUGUUGCUGGAGCAGGUUCAGUAAUAGUGAAUGUUGUUAUGUUAGGUGUUGAUUUGGGGUUUCUCGUAAUUCAUUGGAUGGCUAUGUACAUGUGUCAUAAAUCAUUCUUCAUUAGAAAGCUAGUGUCAGGUGUUAUCUACAGUUUGUGUUCAGUCAUACCAUAUGCUGAGAUGUUUAUACUGGCAAUUGGAGAAUGAAACAUUGGAUAAGGAAGCAGAACAGCUUGGUUAAAUAAUACAUUUAUUUUGAUUUAUAUAAACAGUAAACAUAUUUUAAUACUUUAGACAAGCAGGCAUGGAUAUUUUAUAUUUACACUACACAGUGUAGUUUAAUUAUAAUGAUCUCUCUAUGGAAUGUAUGUGCUGCAAUUAUUGUGGCAGUUUUUUAAAGAAAAAGAAUAUAAGAAGAAAGCUAUUUUUACAGAACAUUUUUAUACUUCCACAAAAGCUGCAGAGAACUAAAUUUUCAACAUUACUUUAUUGGAGCCUGUAUAUUUCUGGAAAGUACUAUUCAUAUUUUUGCAUUUUGUAGCAAAAAACAGUGUGUACAACAAGCCAAAUACUUUCUGUCACUAGACAUUAAGUUGUUGUACCAACACAUUGAACAGUCUGUACACCAGUAGAAACUAAAAUGAGUUUGUUUUUUUCAGGGCCUUUCAGGAACACAAUUACCCUUUGAUGGAACAUUGAGAAUUAAGCGCUGGUAACUUGACAACACUGUUCUUCACAACAAAUUAUUUUAAGAUCUUUAUCAGAAAAUUAUUAAGGGAUUCAGCACUAAUAGUCAAUAAAAGCUGAGUCAGGGAGGUUAUUUUGAAGCUCAGACUCUGAAUCAAAUGAAGUUAUAGAACUCAGCACAGUAUUGUUAAUGCAACAUUAUUUUAUUUAAAUUUGCAAAUUCUGCACACAUCAGCUGGUGGAAGGCUUGAAAGGAGCAGUGGAGCUUAAGCCUUAUUUAAGUGAGCUUUUUUUCCCUCAAGGUACGCCUUAACAUACUUCAAUUUCAAAUUCUGUUUACAAAAUUAAGGGUUAAAAACAACCCUUGCUUGUUUAUUUUACCCAUGCUGCCUUGUGAAUAGGCAUCACUGUGGAACUGGGCCUGCAAGCAGUCAUUCCUGAAUCAAGACCUGGAACAUCUCCAGCCCAGAGUUCCUUCAAGCACUGAACCUGAGCUGAGAGCCUGAGGCCCAGCCUCAAAGCCCACGUUUCCAAUUAUGAAUCCUUGGGUCAUACAAAGCUGCCUUAAAAUGAGUCAGAUCAUUGGUCCAUCUGAGCCAGCACAGACUGUUCUCACUGUUGACAGUUUUCCUGGCUCUUCAUCUGCACCUUGAACCAUUGUGGUGGUUUUUAUGGAAAUGCCAGGAAUCAGUGCUGGGAUCUUCUGCAUGCAAAUCAUAUAUGCCUUACCCCUGAGCUAGGGACCUUGGGCAGAGGAACACUGCAAUGAACAAGGUGGUGCACAGCUGCAUAAAACUGGCUCUGUGGCCAUGUUCACAUUACUGUGCUCCUGUAUACAGACCUGAAUGGGGAAAAUAAGCAGGACUCACAUUUGUGCGUUGACCUUAAGUGAAUUUAAAUGUAGGAGAAGAGUCUUUGGAUUAACAGAGAUUCUUCCUUUCAACUCUUGCGCUCAGGUUAGGAGCAGGCCACCAGAGGUUGUGGCCAUAUAAAAAGCUGUGAUAGUAAUGGACAUGGUGUGUGGAAUGUAAGCACCUUCUAGAAAUGUGUUUAUACUGAAGCUGGGGAAAAGUUGUCUGUAUUUGUUUGUUUGCUUGCAGGUUUUUAAAAUAUAGAUGAAAGUCCAGAGCUGGACCCCCAUUUACCACUUGCCAGUGUUUCCCUUAGGCAGUAAUGUUAAACACAAGAUCAGUGCAAUCGCCCCAUAUUUGCUUGGAAGUAAAUGCAUUGUGUUCAAUGAAUCUCCUUCCCCAGUUCAGUGUACUGUUACUCUGUUGUAUGGUUGACCAUUUUAUGAUUGCAGUCCCACCAAUGCUUGUCCGUCUGUCUUCUGAGACUGCGCGAUUGCAGUAGACAUCCAGUUGCCUAUUACAGAUCCCAUGAAAAAGGGCUUUUAAAGGGUUCCUCAACACAAAAUGAAAGCUGAUGGGACUUGCCUUAAAGUGAUUCUAAACAGGAAAGAGAAGCUACUGGCUUUUCUGUUAUCUAUACUCAGUCAAGAAACCUAGAAGUGAAAAGGACAGGGAAAUAUUAGGUGAGAAAGAUAACUAGAUGCAGCCAAGGGCCAGCAAUACCUCUUUCCCUUCGAAAAACAAACAGAGGAGUUUAUCAGGGGGGAUGGGGGGAGGAAUGGGGGUUUAAACUGUCAUUAUCUUGUUAAUGUCCUGCCAUCACGGUGAAGAUUUUCACACACAUCUCAAUUAAAGAAGACUUAUCCUGGCAAUAAUCAUGUAAUAACCACCCACAAAUCAUUCAUGAGGAAAUCCCAAUAAUGAUUUGUUGCUGGUUAUUAGCUGUUUUUUGCUGGGAUAAAUCCUCUUUAAUCAGAUGUCGUGUGAAAAUCCUCACCGUGAUCGGACAGCUUUCACAGGAUAAUGGCAGUUUAAACCUCUGAUUUUCCCUGUGGGAUAAAGCCCAGAGCAUGAUUGCUUUUUAUGCAGUGAAUGAAAUUUGUAGCCAGAUCUAAGCGGUUCUGUCAUUAGUAACAGCUUGUAUCUCACAUGAGUGGAGAUCCACAUACAGUAAGCAGAUCAUAGCAAGCUAUCAGUGACCUGAAAUGAUGGGCAAGUUUUGUUUUUUGUUGGGGUUUUUUAAUGACAUCAAGACAACAAUUGUGAAUCUUCAGUAUCCCAACAACUCGAAUCAUGUAAGAAAGCCUUGAGAAACAUAGCAAAUGUCAUCUGGUAAUAUUAUUAUGCUUAAGUGUUUUAAAAGGAAGCAUGUAGUCAGAAAAAAAUCAUUAUUUACUUCAGAAAUCAAUUUUUCUCACAUAGCUUACUCUGUUAACAAGUAUAUAUGUUGUAAACAGUAAAUACAAGCAGUGAGGUUGUCUUCUCAAUGGUUAAAACUGGGAAAUUCUGUACCUGGUUUAUAUUUUUAAGAUGAUGUAUAUUACUUUGCUAAGCUGCUGUUACAUAUUUUUUCCCCUAACAGCUGCCUUCUGUAGUUUUAGGCACUAAUGCCAUUAAAGCUAUGUAAGUCUCUCUUGGGGCAAGGGAGUAUUUUGCUACAUUUCUCUUGACAGAGUGUUUCAAUCACCAAAAACUAGUUAAAUACCUCAAUCAAUCUCAGAAUGUCAUUUGGUACUUCACUGGUUACACAAACCAUUAUACCACAGUAUGGAGAUUUGUGUCUUUCUGUUUAUAUUUAACUUGCUUUAUGUCAGUGUUCUCAUUUUCUCCUCAAAGUUUAAUAAAUUUAUUUUCUUCAAUCUA